GUCCUCCUCCGUGCGCCCAGGCGGCGCGGGCGCGGCCGGCGAUCCUGCAGAGGGAGCUGUGCGCCGGCCUUGGCGCACGCUCGGUGCCGCCCGCUCCCUCUUGCCGCCGCCGCCGCCGCUGGGCCCGCCCGCCGGGGAGGGGCUCCCGGCCUCGCAGACAGCGGCUUCCUGCUUUCUGCACGUCCUCGCCGCCGCGCCGCCAGUCCGUUUGUGCUAGCUCUGGCCGUGAGCCGGCCGCCGGCUGCCGCCGUCCGCCCCGCAGCUGCCUGCGCCCCAGCCGCGCCUCGCGGCCAGCCCGGCUCGCUCAGGUCCGCUCCCGGAGCCCGCGCCCCUCCACGCUGCCCCCUGCCUGUCCCCGGCCAUGCUGUCCCUUCAGUACCCCGACGUGUACCGCGACGAGACCGCCGUACAGGAUUAUCAUGGUCAUAAAAUUUGUGACCCUUACGCCUGGCUUGAAGACCCCGACAGUGAACAGACUAAGGCCUUUGUGGAGGCCCAGAAUAAGAUUACUGUGCCAUUUCUUGAGCAGUGUCCCAUCAGAGGUUUAUACAAAGAGAGAAUGACUGAACUAUAUGAUUAUCCCAAGUAUAGUUGCCACUUCAAGAAAGGAAAACGGUAUUUUUAUUUUUACAAUACAGGUUUGCAGAACCAGCGAGUAUUAUAUGUACAGGAUUCCUUAGAGGGUGAGGCCAGAGUGUUCCUGGACCCCAACAUACUGUCUGACGAUGGCACAGUGGCACUCCGAGGUUACGCGUUCAGCGAAGAUGGUGAAUAUUUUGCCUAUGGUCUGAGUGCCAGUGGCUCAGACUGGGUGACAAUCAAGUUCAUGAAAGUUGAUGGUGCCAAAGAGCUUCCAGAUGUGCUUGAAAGAGUCAAGUUCAGCUGUAUGGCCUGGACCCAUGAUGGGAAGGGAAUGUUCUACAACUCAUACCCUCAACAGGAUGGAAAAAGUGAUGGCACAGAGACAUCCACCAAUCUCCAUCAAAAGCUCUACUACCAUGUCUUGGGAACCGAUCAGUCAGAAGAUAUUUUGUGUGCUGAGUUUCCUGAUGAACCUAAAUGGAUGGGUGGAGCUGAGUUAUCUGAUGAUGGCCGCUAUGUCUUGUUAUCAAUAAGGGAAGGAUGUGAUCCAGUAAACCGACUCUGGUACUGUGACCUACAGCAGGAAUCCAGUGGCAUCGCGGGAAUCCUGAAGUGGGUAAAACUGAUCGACAACUUUGAAGGAGAAUAUGACUACGUGACCAAUGAGGGGACGGUGUUCACAUUCAAGACAAAUCGCCAGUCUCCCAACUAUCGCGUGAUCAACAUUGACUUCAGGGAUCCUGAAGAGUCUAAGUGGAAAGUACUUGUUCCUGAGCAUGAGAAAGAUGUCUUAGAAUGGAUAGCUUGUGUCAGGUCCAACUUCUUGGUCUUAUGCUACCUCCAUGACGUCAAGAACAUCCUGCAGCUCCACGACCUGACUACUGGUGCUCUCCUUAAGACCUUCCCGCUCGAGGUCGGCAGCAUUGUAGGGUACAGCGGUCAGAAGAAGGACACUGAAAUCUUCUAUCAGUUUACUUCCUUUUUAUCUCCAGGUAUCAUUUAUCACUGUGAUCUUACCAAAGAGGAACUGGAGCCAAGAGUUUUCCGAGAGGUGACCGUAAAAGGAAUUGACGCUUCUGAUUACCAGACAGUCCAGAUUUUCUACCCUAGCAAGGAUGGUACGAAGAUUCCAAUGUUCAUUGUGCAUAAAAAAGGCAUAAAAUUGGAUGGCUCUCAUCCCGCUUUCUUAUAUGGCUAUGGCGGCUUCAACAUAUCCAUCACACCCAACUACAGUGUUUCCAGGCUUAUUUUUGUGAGACACAUGGGUGGUAUCCUGGCAGUGGCCAACAUCAGAGGAGGUGGCGAAUAUGGAGAGACGUGGCAUAAAGGUGGUAUCUUGGCCAACAAACAAAACUGCUUUGAUGACUUUCAGUGUGCUGCCGAGUAUCUGAUCAAGGAAGGUUACACAUCUCCCAAGAGGCUGACUAUUAAUGGAGGUUCAAAUGGAGGCCUCUUAGUGGCUGCUUGUGCAAAUCAGAGACCUGACCUCUUUGGUUGUGUUAUUGCCCAAGUUGGAGUAAUGGACAUGCUGAAGUUUCAUAAAUAUACCAUCGGCCAUGCUUGGACCACUGAUUAUGGGUGCUCGGACAGCAAACAACACUUUGAAUGGCUUGUCAAAUACUCUCCAUUGCAUAACGUGAAGUUACCAGAAGCAGAUGACAUCCAGUACCCAUCCAUGCUGCUCCUCACUGCUGACCAUGAUGACCGCGUGGUCCCGCUUCACUCCCUGAAGUUCAUUGCCACCCUUCAGUACAUCGUGGGCCGCAGCAGGAAGCAAAGCAACCCCCUGCUUAUCCACGUGGACACCAAGGCAGGCCACGGGGCGGGGAAGCCCACAGCCAAAGUGAUAGAGGAAGUCUCAGACAUGUUUGCGUUCAUCGCGCGGUGCCUGAACAUCGACUGGAUUCCAUAAACAGUUUUCGUGCUUCCUCCUGACGGCGACAGAAACCUCAAGGGCUUUCCCACGUUGACACCAAGAAACCACUGGGCAUAAUGCUUCCCCACAGGAACAUUAUUCCUGCACUCACAGACUACAGUUGAACAGAACUGCCGUGGGAAUUUUAUCUUUUUUAGGCUUCUCCUUUUUAGCAAGCCCUUGGUGUUUCUUUUUCCACCCUGUCUAGGCACAUGUGGUUUGUUUGUUUUUUUUUUUUAAAGGCAUGUUUGUUUGGAUAAAUAGCUAAAUGGCAACAAACACAUUGUGAAUAUUAGAUUGCUGAAUUAAGGAUCAUAGUCGGGCAUACUUAUCUAUAUCCAUAACCUCUAUAUCUUUAAAUAAAUGUGAGAACUGUUCUCAUGGAGAAGACUUCUUUGCAACAAUAAUAAAUGUUAUUUAAGAAUGA